AUGGCCGAGAAGCCGCGGGCGCCGGCGGGGGACCCGGACCCGGACUUGGAGCCUCAGAGCCGGCCGCGUUCCUGCACCUGGCCGCUCCCGCAGCCGGACCGCCCGGCGCGGGAGGAGGAGGAGGAGGCCGGCGGGCGCAGGCCCGAGCCGGGGGCCGGGCCCGGGGCCGGGGCCGGGCCCGGGGCCGGCGCGGGGGACGCCGCACAGCUCCAGCUCCGCAAGGCCAAGACGUCGCGGCGCAACGCGUGGGGGAACCUGUCUUACGCCGACCUCAUCACCCGCGCUAUAGAGAGCGCCCCGGAGAGGCGCCUCACCCUCUCCCAGAUCUACGACUGGAUGGUGCGCUACGUGCCCUACUUCAAGGAUAAGGGCGACAGCAACAGCUCCGCCGGCUGGAAGAACUCCAUCCGGCACAACUUGUCCCUGCACACCCGCUUCGUCCGCGUGCAGAACGAGGGCACGGGCAAGAGCUCCUGGUGGAUGCUGAACCCGGAGGGCGGCAAGACGGGCAAGGCCCCACGACGCCGGGCCGUCUCCCUGGACAACCCCACACGCUUUCUGCGCGUCAAGGGCAAGGUGGCCCGGCGGCGGCAGCUGCAGGCGGGAGGGGCGGACCGCGGCCCCGCCAGCCCGCCCCGUGCCCCGGCCGCCCCGCCGUGGCCCGAGAGCCCCGCUCCCCACUCCGGCGAGGACUUCGAGGCCUGGGCUGACUUCCGCCGCCGCGCCCACGCCGGAGCCCCCAGCGGGGCCCACACCGGGGCCCACACCGGGGCCCGCCUGUCGCCCCUCCUGGCGGAGCCCGGGCCCGAUGCCCUGCGGCGGGGCCGGGGGGAGGAAGGGGCUGGCGGCGAAGACGAAGGGGAAGAGGAUGGAGGCGCGGACCCCUCGUCGCCCCUCAUGUACCCGAGCCCUUCCAGCACCCUUUCUCCCGCCCUAAGUGCCCGCUGCUCGGCCGAGCUGCCCGCCCUGGCAGACCUGGCCGGGCCUCUCGGGCUGGGUGACCCCGGGCUCCUGGAUGAGUUGCCGGACGGUGCCUAUGGGCUGAGCCCGCCCCCCGGCCUGAGCCCGCCCCCUGGCCUGCGCCUCCCGGCCCGUGCUGCCCUCCCCCCUGCCGCCUUCCCCUUCGCCCCCAAGGGCACGGGACUGGGGCCCCCCGUGGGCCCCUACGGGCCUCCCCACGGGACCCCCCAGUUCGGGCAGCCGGGGUUGCUGCGGCGCCUCCCCAUGCAGACACUGCAAGAGAACCGGCAGGUGGGCUUCCUGCCCGCUCCGCUCCCCGGCCCACCCCCCGGCCCGAGCCCCGCCGCCGCCGCCUUCCGCCCGGCCGCCCUGCACGACCUCCUGGUCGCCAGCUCCUUCCCGCACAAGGAAGGGCGCCCGCCCGCCGCGCCCCCCAUGCCCUUGGCGGGCAGCCUGGCCCCGGCCCGUGGGCACCGACCUGGCUCGCUCCUGGGCGGCGGCGGGGCCGGGGGCUUGGGACAGUUCCCGGACCGUGGCCUGCCCCCGUUCAAGAGCCCGUACCCCGCGCUGCCCGCCGCCGCUGGGCACAGUGCCUUACCGCGCCCCAUCAGCCUUAUGUCGGUGCCCAGCGAGCCCGGGCGCGCGGGCCCCCUGGCCCUCCCCGGGCCGCCGCCCCCCUAUGGCAGUGGGCAGGGCCCACUGGGUGGGGCGGGGCUGCUGGAGGCGCUGCCGGGCCCGUCAGCUGGUGGCGUGGCCCCCGGACCCGCCCCGGGCUCCGACCGCUUCCCCGCUGACCUGGACCUGGAUAUGUUCAGCGGGAGCCUGGAGUGUGACGUCGAGUCCAUCAUCCUCAAUGACUUCAUGGACAGUGAUGACCUGGACUUCAACUUCGACUCGGCCCUGCCCCUGCCGCUGCCGCUGCCCCCGACCCUGCCUCCGCCCCCCGGCGCCACCCCCGCCAACCACAGUUGGGUGCCCGGCUGAGGGUCAGCCCGGCUGAAGGCCAGCCCGGCCGGCCGGUGGACCGACAGACGGACAGGUGGGUGCCUGCACCCUCCCCUUUGUCUUCCCAGGACGGGGGAAGGGGUGGGGGACACACGAGCCCCUACCUGAGGGGGUCUGCCUGGAGCCAGCCCCCUCCCCUGCCCAGCCUGGCUCCCAAUAAUUUGAGGCCGAGGCUCCGGCCAGAGCCGUGUGUGUAGGGGUUGUGCGUGUGUGUGUGUGUGUGUGUGCGCGUGCGUGUGUGUGUGUGUGUGUGUGUGUGUGUGUGUGGUGGGGGGGUGCCAAAGGGCCGAUGCCCCUCCCCACUUCCCCCAUCUCCCUGGGACACAUCCGGCUUUGCUAAAGAGUCCAGGCUGGCCACCCUGAACCUGCCUCCCAGGUUCUGGGCUGGGGGCUGAGGUGGGAUGGGGGACCCAGGAGGGUUGAUAGCAGCGGGCACAGCCCACGGGUAGGAACGGGAUGGAGAGGGGAAUAUGUCUGGGCCUCUGGAUGUCCCCAUCCUGUGCCCGCCCACCCCCUGUCCCCUCCAUCCGCCCCUUACCACCCCAGCUGUCUUGUGAGCUGUGCUGUGGGGUUGUCGUGUGUGCGCUCAGUGUGGUGAUAAGCAUUGUGUAUCCCGUUGUUGUGCGGUUCGACGGGGUGGGGGUCAAGGGGGAGGGCCUUCCCGACAAGACCUCCAGACCCUCCUCGGCCCCUGCCCUCAGGGGAGACCCCAGGCUGGGCAGGGCACAGAACUGAGGGAGUUCAUUGAAACACACCCUCCCUUUCCCCUCCCACCUCCCAUGGGUCAGAUCACGCCCCCCCACAGGACCUCCCCUGCUCCCCUUCCCUCUCACCUCAUAAGGCCAAGGCCCCGAGCCCCCUCCGACUCUCCCGUAUUUAUAAAUGUCAGAUCGGGGCCGGGCCGUGGCCUCCCUCUGUAGACUGUAUCCGUGGCCGUGCUGUUAGCGUGUGUGUGCUGAGUCCAGGGCCAUGUAGAGUGUGUGUACAGCAUAUUUUCAUGAAUAAAAUUGUUUUCAAUAUU